CAGCUACUUGUAACUUUCACUUCUCGUCCGACAGUCUUGUAGUUGUGGUAGUCCAAAGUGCACCCUGCAGAAAUUCCACCUGCAGACAUGGGCACUCGUGGAUGCUAUAUUUACCGUUAUCGAAAUAUGUAUUUCUGCUACUAUCGUCAUUAUGACUCUUUUCCGGAGGGUCUUGGCGUGAAGGUGCUUCAAUGGAUGCGGUUGCCAAAUGCCAUCACAACCAAGCAACAGGAGUUAAAAGAGAUGCUGGACGAGUUUGACGGCCAAUCUUUUCCCCUAGAACUUGAUGAUGGUCUCACUAUUUUUGAUCGGCGCGUAGACAUUAGCUGUGACGUUGAUGCAGAGUGGGCCUAUGGGAUCGACCUUGAUCACAAUAUCUUCGACGUAAACGGAAUACCAUUUUACUCCUUGGAAUGCCUUCCAGAACCAGGAGCUCUUCCUCAAGACAUUUCCGAAGACCACUACCACAACCUAGCUUGUUCACCAGAGUGUCCCCCUGAGGAGAGGUACAAGAGGCCAGCGGCGCCAGUUAUAGACGACUCUGACUUAGAGACAUAUCGAUCUUUGGCUUGCACGGGCCCUGGCGCGGCUUUGAGCGACCUGCUCGGCAUCAGCGACAUCUUAUCUACAAAUGAGCAGGUUCGGGUCUCAUUGUUGGAGAUGAUCAUUGGGCGCUGCAUGCCCCGCCUUCAACUUGGUCAAUUAAUUCACGAAUUCGACACCAUAUCCAAUCACAACCAACUCACAGAUGAUGGAUGGUUUACCGCAUACUCCGUUAUCAGCUUUGCGUUUGCUCCUCAGAUAUUCGAUGCGCCAUCCGUGUUGGUUCAGCCUCCCGAGCCGGAUAGAAAGGAAUGUGUAUGGGUUCGCGAAGACACCGUGGUUUGCUUCGCAAUGCAUUUAGACAACGAGAGAUGCCUGCAGGCCUCUGUGUCACGCUUGAUCGAAUCAAUUUUAGAGCAGCGGGAUGCUCCAGGCGAUUACUUUGGAGUUGCAUUCUCUGUUUCCCACUGUGCAAUCGUCAAAGUGAUAAAGGACAUACACACGACGUUUAGUCAUACCACUGCCCUCCAAUUUUUGCCAUCAUUCUUCGCAGUGUCUCCUUCUACGCCAGGAAUCACCGCUCUUGCUCGCCUUGGUUAUCGUAUUGACCCUGCACUCUAUGUGAGUGUUAUGAAGGUCUGGCAUGGGCAUGAGGGAAUAGAUGUAUGGCGCAAAAAGUCCUUUGCUCAGGGGAUUAGCAGUGCACCACCCAGCAUUACCUCUACAACACUGCCCUCGGAACUUUGGCAAGAGAUCGCUUUGUAUCUUGAUCUACAAGACGUCCUCACACUGGGAUUGGUUUCAAAGCUAUGCCGUGAAGUGGCCUCGAUAGUACUCCGCUAUCCCCAUGUCCUUGGUCAUCGCUUGGUCGGAGUUUCCAAAGAGCUUCCAGAGUAUCCGCUGCAAGCUGCUUCUUUCUAUGCUACGCGAACUGGCAUUCCUGCCACUGUGUUUGUCGGGCAGGAUACAUGGGGAACUCAAAGCAGGGUUGCGUGUUUUCACACCUGGCUUCGUGUUCCUGUUGCAGGCACACUCCAGCCUGACGAUGAAGGGAAAAAGAAAAAAUGCGCUCCAAGAGGGUGUUAUCGUUAGCACCACAUAGGAUCCCCACUGUGUUGCAUAUCCCGUACAUGUGGGUCUCUCACAUGUAACACACAGUUUCAAUAAUUUCUCGGCAAGCAUUGCCCUGUACGGUACUGCUAGUUGGUACAUGUACACGCUCGAAGACGAUCGAAUUCAUGCCAGUUUCUGCAUCGGAUCCAGUCACGGGUUUAGCGUG